AUGAACCUCAUCGGCCUUGACGAAGUCGCCAUCUUCAGCGAUCAGCACGACAUCUACCCCCUGAUCGACCCGAAGUCGUCUUUUGAAACGCAGGCUUACAAGGACAAGGUCGUCAUCGUCACUGGUGGUUCGACGGGCAUCGGUGCUACUACCGCCCUAUUCUACGCGAAAGCUGGCGCGAAGGUCAUCAUCAACGCGCGCCGUGUCGAGAAUCUCGAAACUCACAAGGCCACCAUUGAGAAAGAAGCGCCUGGAGCGCAGAUCUUGCUUGUCGGUGGGGAUGUCUCCGAUCCGGAGGUUGGAAAACGCAUCGUGAAGACCGCUGUCGAGACGUGGAAGCGGCUGGACAUCGUCGUCGCCAACUCGGCUAUUGCUGCUGGACCCGUCGAUAAACUUGCCGACAGAGAUGCUUUUGCUUGGUGGCACACACAAGAAGUCAAUGUGCGCGGCACCUUGAACAUCAUACACCCGGCCAUUCCUGAGCUCCUCAAGACGAAGGGUCAGAUCGUCGUUACAACUUCUGCUGCGGCGCACCUGCGCCUGCCGCUCAUGGGAGACUACAAUAUCAGCAAGCAUACUCUCAAUCGCUUUACUGAAAUACUCGCGCUUGACUACCCCGAGAUUCCUAUCUAUACUGUUCAUCCUGGAGCUAUCCCUACCCCUGGAGCUAACGAAUUCCAGGAGAAGACAGGUACUAAAGGUAUCAUUCCGAUGCCAGAUACCGUUGAGCUCCCUGCGGCGACGUUCCUUUGGCUCACCGCCGGCAACGCCAAGUUCCUCAGUGGUCGUUAUGUGCAAGCCAACUGGGAUCUCAGCGAGGUCUUGUCCAAGAAGGACGAGAUAGUGCGCGAUAAUCUGCUAGUCACGAAAUUGGCAGGCCCAAAGAAGUCUGCGUGA